CUCGUGAAAGGAGCGUUCGAGCAAAUUUCCUUCAUAAGAUAGAAAAGAAACAAAUCUUCUUUCUCUGAACCCGUCCUAUCGCUCGCGACCUUUGAGUCUUUGACGCUCACUCCUUUAUGCGUUGUCAGAUUUACCUCCGAAAUAUCUUGGUAUAUACUAUAUAGAAAUUAGAAAGUGACGGGCAUUUAUUUGCACGAACACAAACAAAGCCCCUUUUUUUAUGAUUCAGUUGUUUCUUCUCCACUUGCAUAGCCUUUUAUGAUAUUGAUAAAGCCCAGUAGCCCACCAUUGUUUUGAAAAAAUUUGUGCACGACACACAUAACUCUCGAAUUCAGUAAAGCUUUCUGGGUAUUGUAGGUGCCAUCUGGGUCUGAUUCAAUCUUUAUUGAAAUGGCUAAUUUGGGAUUGUUUUCUGGGACUAAGUCCGUCAAAUCGGUUAAUGUGAGCUUUAGAUUGCCAUAUUACACUCAGUGGGGGCAAAGCCUGAUCGUAUGUGGCUCUGAACCGGUUCUCGGAUCAUGGAAUGUGAAGAAGGGUUUGUUGUUGAGUCCUGUUCAUGUAGGUGAAGAGCUUGUCUGGUGCGGCAGGAUUGCUCUACCAAACGGCUUCAGUUGUGAGUACACCUAUUAUGUGGUGGACGAUGGAAAAAAUCUUCUGAGAUGGGAGAUGGGAAAGAAACACAAACUGUUACUGCCCGAGAGUGUUCAAGGAGGAGAGCUUGUGGAGCUUCAUGAUCUUUGGCAGACUGGUGCCGAUGAUCUCCCUUUCAGAAGUGCCUUCAAAAAUGUUGUCUUUCAAGCUAGUUGGAGUUUGAAGGUAGAGAGACCUCUAGGAGUUCUUCAGAAUAAGUUGGACCAGGAAGAUUCAGCACUUGUUCAUUUCAAAAUUUGCUGUCCAAAUAUUGAAGAAGAGACGUCAGUUUAUGUGAUUGGUAGCACUGCAAAGUUAGGGCAGUGGAAGGUUCAAGAUGGACUUAGACUUAGCUAUGCUGGGGAUUCAAUUUGGCAAGCAGAUUGUUUGAUACCAAAGGGUGAUUUUCCCAUGAAAUAUAAGUACUGUAAGUACAGCAAGGCUGGGAACUUUGCUUUGGAAACGGGUUCCAAUCGGGAUUUGUCUAUUGACUUCUCGAAUGGACAACCAAAUUACAUAUUCCUUUCCGACGGCAUGCUGCGAGAAAUGCCUUGGCGAGGUGCUGGUGUUGCCAUUCCCAUGUUUUCCUUAAGGUCAGAAACUGACCUAGGAGUUGGGGAAUUUCUUGAUCUAAAACUACUUGUUGAUUGGUCUGUGGAGUCUGGGUUCCAUUUAGUUCAGCUUCUACCAAUAAAUGAUACAUCUGUGAAUGGAAUGUGGUGGGAUUCCUAUCCCUACAGCUCACUUUCUGUAUUUGCAUUGCAUCCAUUAUACCUCCGCGUACAGGCACUUUCAGAAAAUUUUCCCGAGGAUAUCAAGAUAGAGAUUCAUGAGGCUAAAGAGCGACUGGAUGGAAAGGAUGUUGAUUACGAGGCUACUUUGGCUACUAAACUUUCAAUUGCCAAGAAAGUUUUUGCCUUUGAAAAGGAUCUAAUACUGAACUCUAGUUCCUUUCAGAAAUAUUUUUCUGAGAAUGAGGAAUGGCUAAAACCGUAUGCGGCAUUUUGUUUUCUGAGGGACUUCUUUGAGACAUCAGAUCAUAGCCAAUGGGGUCGCUUUUCUAACUAUUCAAAAGUAAAGCUUGAGAAACUUGUCUCAAAAGACAGCCUGCACUACGACAUUAUAUGCUUCCAUUAUUAUAUUCAGUUCCAUUUACAUUUACAAUUAUCAGAAGCUGCAGAAUAUGCUAGGAAGAAAGGAGUGAUAUUGAAAGGAGAUCUACCGAUUGGUGUUGAUAGAAAUAGUGUGGAUACCUGGGUCUAUCCAAAUUUGUUUCGAAUGAAUACUUCUACUGGAGCACCCCCAGAUUAUUUUGAUAAAAAUGGUCAGAAUUGGGGCUUUCCAACUUAUAACUGGGAGGAAAUGUCAAAGGACAACUAUGCUUGGUGGCGUGGUCGUCUAACACAGAUGGCAAAAUACUUUACGGCUUACAGGAUUGAUCAUAUAUUGGGUUUCUUUAGAAUCUGGGAGCUUCCUGAUCAUGCUAUGACUGGUUUAAUUGGGAAAUUCCGACCAUCUAUACCUCUUAGUCAGGAAGAACUUGAACGUGAGGGAAUAUGGGACUUUAAUCGCUUGAGCUGCCCCUACAUCCGGAAGGAGUUUUUACAGGAAAAAUUUGGUGCUUCGUGGACUUUGAUUGCGUCAAAUUUUCUUAAUGAAUAUCAGAAGGAUCGGUAUGAGUUCAAGGAAGACUGCAACACAGAGAGAAAAAUUGCUUCCAAGCUGAAUUCAUUUGCAGAAAGAUCUUUGUUGUUUGAGAAGGAAGAAAAGAUACGGAGUGAUCUUUUUGAUCUUCUAAAGAAUAUAGUACUCAUCAGAAAUUCGGAGGAUGCAAGGAAAUUCUACCCUCGUUUCAAUCUUGAAGAUACUUCAAGUUUUAAGGAUUUGGAUGAUCACAGCAAAAAUGUUCUGAAAAGAUUAUAUUAUGACUACUAUUUCCAACGGCAAGAAGAUCUGUGGCGGAAAAAUGCUUUAGAAACACUACCAGUUCUCCUGAAUUCAUCUGACAUGUUAGCAUGUGGGGAAGAUCUGGGCCUUAUCCCUGCUUGUGUUCAUCCUGUUAUGCAAGAAUUAGGAUUAAUAGGUUUGCGCAUUCAGCGUAUGCCCAGUGAACCUGGUCUGGAGUUUGGUAUUCCAUCCCAAUACAGCUAUAUGACGGUGUGUGCACCAUCAUGCCACGACUGUUCCACGCUGCGCGCUUGGUGGGAGGAAGAUGAAGAAAGAAGACGUCGAUUUUUUAAAGCUGUGGUUGGAUCUGAUGCAUUGCCACCUGGUCAAUGUGUUCCAGAGAUCGCGUACUAUAUCAUAAGGCAGCAUUUUGAGGCUCCCUCAAUGUGGGCAAUUUUCCCUCUUCAGGAUAUGCUGGCACUGAAAGAAGAGUACACAACACGCCCUGCUGCGGAGGAGACAAUCAAUGACCCCACAAAUCCAAAGCACUAUUGGAGAUACCGUGUACAUGUGACUUUGGAGUCUUUGAUGAAGGAUAAAGAGCUCAAAACGACCAUUAAAGAUCUCGUCUGUGGGAGUGGGAGAUCAUAUCCUCCUUUGGCAGAAGCUGUUAAGCAAGCAAAUGAAGCAACAUCAGCCAUAACUCUAGAGAAGCAGAAGGUUGCCAGUGGCCUGGACAAGAUCUCAAUUGCACCACAGCUAAAUGGAGCUCAACGAAAGGAGACUCUUGCUGUCUAGUGUUGUCUCAACGAUAUAUUCCCUUGCUCCUCUCAGGGCAUAGGAGUGAUCAUAUGCCAACCUCGAAAAGCGAGAUACUUAAAUAACUUAUUUCCUCCUCCCCCAGGCACUGGAUGAAACCGUCUCGAUCAUCGAAGUUACAUAGGACAGUAUAUCGUUCCGUUACUUCAUAAUCCUGUUCUUUUUGCAGUAAUUUUAAUAAAACCAAAUAAAUGGUGUUAAGAGUGCAGCAUGAUACUGCCUUUUGUAUUCAUGGCUCAAAAUCAUUCUGUCCAGUACACAUACAUAUGGUAUCCGAUUGAUAGAUGUGUCGUAGAA